UCUUCUCCAUUUCCCUACACAAGAAUUUACACUAGAUGUCCCUAAACAGAAAUAUCAAGCUUUGCGAGAGUACACACUCAAUGCGAAUCUGUUACAACUGUUAUUAGAAUAACGUUCGAAUCGUUUCACCGAUUUGCUAUUGAAACAAAGAAAUCUGAUGCGACCCGAAAGAAAGUUUCCCAAGAUCGGCGAGACGCAGCAUCGUCGCGCACUCUUCUCGGCUGUAUGCUAUGAUUUGAGAGCCACUGCAAUCGGCGUGUAGGGGCGUCGUUGCUGCGUGCAAUGUGUAUCGUGUAGGCGUUGGCGAGGAAGAGACAAGUCGGGGAUGUGUCCGUAAAAAACUUGCGGUUUCUGCGUACUCUGCCGCACGUGCACACCUCGAAAUCGUGUUACGCGAACGAUCGGGCUCCGGAGCGAAUGUACCGCGCGACCAUAUCGCUUCGAAUCGCCUCGCGAGACGGCCCCAACAAUUACGGGGCGAGGAAAAAAAAGUGCAGCCAGUGCUCCGUAUAUUCUUUCGUUUCUUCCAGAGGCCACGUAUCGGUGGCGUGUGUACACAUCGCGUUGCUCCUUGUCAUAGAACUUUCGGACGCGUACAGAGUUCGGUCGGUUUCGGAGUAAGAUCGACGACUUGGUUCUGUGAACCGACGAACGACGUUUCGCAGAUCGACGCCCGUACCAGGAUGCAAGGACGUCUCCGAAGGGCCAUCGUCAGUGUUACUCGCACGAGUUAAUUUCGACUUGAUUUACCAGUGUGCCGGACCGAGGCACAGCCUCGAGAGACGUACAGAUAUCAAUUUGGAAGAAGAAAAUACAAGAAGGCAGGAGAAGAAGCAAGCAGAGAUCCGCGAGAGAGUGAGAGAGAAAGGAAAGAAACCGACGGAGGAGCGUGUGUACGGGAGAUGUUCGAAAUCUUGAGACGAAAUCCUGGUGCGGGAGGAUUCGGUUAUCAGCGGCCACGAUCGAACGUAUUAUCGCACGCCGGAUUAUUCGGCGUAUGAGGCGACACACACACGCGCCGGUGUCUUUCUCUCUCCGUGUCCCUAGGUUCGUGUGAACUAGCGGCAAACUGUGCGUGUGUGCGUGUUUUUCCCGGCGAGGAAAUCUCGACUCGCGACGGCUGCGGUGGCGGUGGUGCUGUGUCCACUGGCAUGAGAUUUUUAUUAUUACAUCGUCGGCACACGCUCCCGUGGAACUGCUCAACGUAGCGGAGUACGCAUCGUGUGAUUUGUUUGUGCACGAGUCGCACACCAAUAUUGGACGUUGGAAACGAAACUGCACGAUCUUAACGACGUGACAAAGGAUAUUACAGAAAUUUUUUUCCAACGAUAGUUCGUUCGUUUCUCUGUUCGUCCCUUAGGCUGUCUGUCUAAUGAUAGCGGGCGUUAUCGCGUCACGUUUGACAACGCGACUCGAUUUAUCCGCGUAACACUAUUCCCUCGCGGAUAUCGUAAAUACGUCGGAUUGUCUCGUGCGUGGUAACUUAGUGGUGCUGUGGGAAACGUGGAAAAGACGUCGCGAGGGUGGAUGACACACGCGGGACGAGUAUCGGCCGGCCAAGGGAACGAAUUCGCGGAUUCGUCGCCGGUGAAUCAUUUUGGGACGUGAUCUACAGCUGAGCGCCAAUAGACGAAAAAUCAGCUGGUAUGUCAAAUAAUCAGCUGGUUGACUCCUGUCUGCUGGUGAAUCGUCGGAUCGAGCAGAGGCAGGAGCACAGCAUUACGCACACUGAGAUCACGCAGAGACGCGUUCUCCAGGAGAAGGGCCCCGACAUGCCGCAAUACACCGGACAGAGUGAUGCGGAUUACCACGGAAGUAACGGCCAGGCGGACACCCAUUCGUUGCAUUCGUCUCAUUUGUCUGUCCAGGAGGAUCCAUUACUCAUCCGGAGCCAUAAGCAGCAAACUACCCAACAAGUGACGAGCGUGUCGAAGGUCGUUCGCGAGGUGUCACACAUGGAGCCGGAUCCGGGCGCGGUCAGCUACAUGUCCGUCCCGUUGAUGUCGCAGGACUAUCAGCACGCGGACGCCCGGUAUCCGGCGGAGUCGUACAUGGUCGGUUUCGACUACGAGCCGUACCUCGGGUAUCCCCCGCAGCCCGGUUAUCCGGGAUCCCAUGGCAUCUACAUGCCGCGAUCGCAUUCCCCUCACAGUCCUCACAGUCCUUCGGAGCACAGUCGUGCCUCGCCACCGCACGAAUAUCUUCGCAAGGCAGCGCCGUACGUCGAGGGUGGUUACAACGACAUCGAUCCAGGUUUGAAUCCCGCGUUGCAAGAUCAUUAUCGUAUCACCCCUAGUCCUGGCGGUCCUGGAGAUCAAUAUGAUCAAAUCAGCAACUCUUGGAAUAUGGAUGACUCUGGCGAACCCUCUCAGCAUCCUCAUGACGAGAACAAAGUGGCCUAUGGUUUCGUGUCCCCGUCGCCGUACGGACCAGUCGGUUACGGGCCGGCCGUCGGCGUGGGCCCGGUUCCAGUCCCCAGCGACGUCCCCGGCUACGACGAGGGCCACCCGGUGCCUCUCUCGUCCGGCGUUCCACCGGGGAUGUUCGAGGACGAGGUGCACCUGCAACGCUUGCAAUCCCGACACCCGGUGGUGCCUGGUAUGGCCAGCCCGUUGGACGACGACCAGAAAUCCAUGCGAUGGCGCGAUCCGAACUUGUCCGAGGUCAUAGGGUUCUUAAGUAACCCGAACAACAUCAUCAAAGCGAAUGCAGCGGCGUAUCUUCAGCAUUUAUGCUACAUGGACGACCCGAACAAGCAGAAGACGCGAAGCUUGGGCGGGAUACCGCCCCUGGUGCAGCUGCUGGAUCACGACAACCCGGACGUCUACAGAAAUGCCUGCGGCGCGUUGAGAAACCUGUCCUACGGCAGACAGAACGACGAGAACAAGAGGGCCAUCAAGAACGCCGGGGGCGUACCGGCCUUGAUCAACUUGUUACGCAGAACGUCGGAUGCCGACGUUAAGGAACUUGUCACUGGAGUUCUGUGGAACUUGUCCUCGUGCGAGGACUUGAAAAAGUCGAUAAUCGAUGACGGGGUGACGAUGGUGGUGAACAAUAUAAUAAUUCCGCACAGCGGAUGGGAUCCGAGCUCGUCGAGCGGGGAGACCUGCUGGUCUACUGUGUUCAGGAACGCUUCCGGCGUGUUGCGAAACGUUUCGAGCGCGGGCGAGUACGCGAGGAAGAAGCUUCGCGAGUGCGACGGUCUCGUCGACGCUCUGCUGUACGUGGUCAGAUCCGCUAUUGAAAAAUCUAACAUCGGUAACAAAAUCGUGGAGAACUGCGUGUGCAUUCUGCGAAACUUGAGCUAUCGCUGCCAGGAAGUCGAGGACCCCAACUACGAUAAGCACCCGAUACAGUCAACUGUUCAGAACAGGGUGGCAGCGCCGGCUAAAGCAUACAGUUUAUGUCAAGUUUCUUAUCGGUAUGUCCUAGGCGAGAACUUGGGUUGCUUCGGGGGUAGCAAGAAGAAGAAAGACGGUCAGCCCGUACAGAAGGAAACGACUGCGUCGCGCACAACCACCCCGAGAACGGAACCAGUCAGAGGGAUGGAGUUACUCUGGCAGCCGGAAGUGGUACAGUCGUACCUAAAGCUGCUGCAGUCUUGUUCGAAUCCGGAAACCCUCGAGGCAGCCGCCGGAGCCCUUCAGAAUCUCGCUGCCUGUUACUGGCAACCGAGUAUCGAAAUCCGUGCCGCUGUCAGAAAGGAGAAAGGACUUCCGAUUUUGGUCGAAUUGCUGCGGAUGGAGGUGGAUCGCGUGGUCUGUGCGGUGGCCACGGCACUGAGGAACCUAGCGAUAGAUCAACGCAACAAAGAGUUGAUAGGAAAAUACGCGAUGCGAGAUCUCAUUCAAAAGUUACCCUCGGGAAACAACCAACACGACCAGGGGACCAGCGACGACACGAUCGCUGCGGUUCUAGCCACUCUGAACGAAGUGAUAAAGAAGAAUGCAGAAUUCUCGCGGUCCCUAUUGGACGCAGGCGGUGUCGACAGACUGAUGAACAUCACCAGGCAACGCCAGAAGUACACGCCGCGUGUUCUUAAAUUUGCAGGACAAGUGUUGUUCACAAUGUGGCAGCAUCAGGAAUUAAGGGACGUAUACAAGAAGCACGGCUGGAAGGAGCAGGAUUUCGUAACGAAAACGGUAGCGGCACGGAAUUCAGGGCCUAAUUCUCCCAAUAAUGCGAACAGCUAUGAUUGUAGCACGCUGAACCGACCGAUGGCGAGCCAGGGUAGCACCAGAUACGAGGAUAGAACGAUUCAGAGAGGGAACAUGAACUCGAAUAACGUCGGUCGACCAACCAUAUACCAGCCCCAACCGAAACCCGGUGAGCCGCUCUACGCGCAAGUUAACUUGGAGAAGAAAAAGAAGCGGCAGUAUGAGCUGGGGGUGGGCCAGGCGCAGGUUCAGGGCCCGGUCGUCGGCUCGGGUGUUGCCGGCGGUGGGCCAACCGCCGGUCAAUGGGUCGCCGACGGUGUGGGUAUCGGCGUUCCCGACGGCUCCGCCGCAACAGCGACGGUUAACGUCCCGCCGAACUCAACCGCCGCCUCCGCGGGCGAUUCCUGGGUAUAACAGCCAGUACAGGAGGCUGCUGUCUCUCCACCGAGAGUGCUGUCGCGUAGAAACCGAUUUUAGUUGCCUACUGUUGCCUACAGCGAGGAUCGCGCACUGACAAGAAACUCGGUGUCUCAAUCAAGCUGAAAGUAACUUUAGAAGAAAGGUAUUCGACGUAGAAGUCCGACUGCUUGCGCGUGUCAACAAGGACUGCAAUCGAAAUUAUCGCGAUUUGAACGAGAACUCGGCUUCCGAGUUGGAAGAGGGGUGUAAGGGUAAACUCGCUUGGAUGGGUGUCUAUGUAGAAGACGAUUCGGCAGCUAUAAUUGCUCUAGGGUACGUUGUGAUUUAACGGUUGACGAAGAAGGGUAGAUGACAGAGAAAGUAAUUUCGGUUGAAAGGACCUUCGGUCGAGGAGGUUGACGUAGAGAAUGGUUUGAGAACGGGGAUUUUUAUCGAAUUUAUCGUAACACAGUGAUCGACAAGGUAUUUGAAAGGAAAGACUGGACGUAGAGGGCAUUUAGCGUAGAAGCGGACGUUCGAAAUCGUUGUUUCUUGUUUCGUCGAUUGUUUUAUACUGUACUAGAAACGGUGGUAUGAUCAGGUGUAUAUUGGGAAACGGAAGACUGAGGUCAAGAAGGGUAUAGAGGUGUUAGUGGUGUUCGAGUCAUCGUGACUCUGUCUUAGAAUGAUGUAAGGGAGAAGGAAAACAGUAAAAAAAAAAAUAUAGGAAAAUAAAAAUAAAAAAAGAAUCGCACUUCGCACCCCACGUUAUCGAUGUACGUACACUAAAUAGACACGGGAAACGUUUGUUGAAGCGACUUGUCCGACCACAUCCGCAGCAGUAGUCGCACUAAUGGCUCUAAACCUUCAUUGCACAAUUCUAAAUUAAUAUAAUAUAUACAUACUAUAUACAUACGUGAAUAUAAAUAUAAAUAUACGUGUAUAUGUAUAUUUUAAAAGCGGUACCGUCGAGGAAUUAACGGCCACCGAUAAAAAAGUACUACUAAGAAUUAAGUAGUUACGGUAUUACGCUACAAAUGAUCGACUAUUAAUUAACUAUUAAUAAUGAAUAUCGGAGUAACGUGGUCGCGCUAUAAAUACACGAGAGUAUGAGAGACACGAAUGAAUAUAUUAUAUAUACAGAUAGAUAUAAUUAUAUAGAAUUAUAUAUUAUACACACGCGCGAUUUACUAUUAUU